AUGGAUUAUAAGGAAGGGGGUAAUCUUAGACAAUAUUUGCAGAAUAAGGAUAGUAGAUUAAGUUUGAAAGAUAAACUUAAAAAGUUAAAAAAUAUUGCUGAGGGAUUAGAAAGCAUUCAUAACCAAAACCUAGUCCACCAAGAUUUCCAUAGUGGGAAUAUAUUGAAUAGUAGUUGGGAAAGUCAUAUUACUGACUUAGGACUAAGUAGACCAGUUAAUCAUCUAAAAAAGACCGGGCAAAUCUUCGGAGUUCUGCCUUAUGUAGCACCGGAAGUAUUAAGAGGUGAGACUUAUACUCAGAAAGCAGAUAUUUAUGGUUUUGGGAUUGUUGCUUAUGAAUUAUUGACUAAUGCUUAUCCUUACCCUGAAAUGAAUGAGACUGAAUUAAUGUUAGAAGUAUGUUUGGAAAAUUCAAGACCUGACCUAGAUAAAGUUUCUUUACCCCAAUUACUUAAAGAUUUAAUUAAGAGAUCAGAAUAUAAUACUUUCUCAAAAAACACUCCUUACCAAAUUCAUCCUACUGCCAUCACUACUAGCAAAAUGAUAGAUACUAGACAAAUUACGGAAUUGCUAUCAAACCUAGACCAUUCUUUAGAAUUAAGAUUCAAAAACAUCAUCAGUUAUCAAACUAAAGAAUUGGGUUUUGACAUUAAAACACCAAUUUCUACUCAAGAAAUAACUAAAAGAAUUAGGUCAAUGUCCAUGGAGGAAGCAAAUCAAAAAGAAUACAAGGCAUCAGUGAAGCAAACUAAAUUGGUUAAAUUAGAAAGAGAACAAAAAUACUAUUCAGAACCAAUGGAAAUUGCUGAAAGUAAUUCAGCAGAGCAAAUAGAUGAAAGUGUUCAAAGUCAAGUUUGGAAAGAUAUUAGUCCUAAUUUCACUAACGAAUUAAUCAAAUCUUGGCAAUCCUAUAACUUUAAUCAUCAGCAAACUCAAGAAUGA